UUAGAUUCCGCUGGGAGUUCUGGAGACGAAUAAUAGUUUAUCGAGCAUUGUUGAAAUCUAGCCAUCACGAAUUACCUGCCAUUCUGAUAAACACUGUUCUAUCAAUUCAACAUGACCAACCCACAAACUGCCACGGCUAAUCCGGAACAAACUCAAAUUGAAACAGAGAAGCAAAAUGUAAAGCCUGCUGACAAUUCAGACCGACAAGAUGGUCCUUCUCAGCAACACCGACAGGCCGAACACGAUGAUCGUAACAUUCCUCCACCUACAUCUCCUGCUUAUCCACCUUUCGCGUUUGGAUACGUCGAUCCUAUUACAGCUCAGUACGCGUAUGACCAAGCUGUCGCUAGUGGAUAUGACCCUUCUGACCCAUCGUUUGGAGCGUAUAUCUACCCGCUCAGUCCGCAAUUCACGAUGCAGUACUAUCCAGACUUUAUGAGUGGCUACCAAAGCUACCCUGGUUCUCCCGCCAUGCAUCCGCAAUCACCGCCGCUCAAUCCUAAUAGCCCUCCGUUUACCCCGACAUUCCAGUUUCAACAAGGUGGUAUGUCAAUGUCGCCACCCACACACGCCUUCGUAUUGCCGCCAGGGCAACACUUCCCACCAUUGCACCUUUCUUCACCCGUGCUGACUGGUACCAACUCAGCUCCAGGAUCACCACCUCAUCAAAUGAUGCAGCGUCUUCCUGGCCCUUUCAACAACACGGGAACACGAUCCACUGGCUCUGGUUCUUCUACAUCCCAAAGACGAGCGAAUCAACCUGACCAACAACAGCAGCAGCAACUGCAGCAACUGCAGCAACUGCAACAAAGUAAUCAAUUUCAUACCCAUAAUAUUUACGUUCGUGGACUUGAUUCAACCACCACAGAUGAGGCAUUUGCAGACAUGUGUAGCCCCUAUGGCGCCAUCGCUUCAUCCAAGGCUAUUAUAGAGCAGAAGACUGGUGAAUGUAAGGGUUAUGGAUUCGCUAUGUUUGAGAACGAAGAUGAGGCACAACGCGCUAUCGAAGGUCUCAAUCGAAACGGACUCCAGGCCUCUUUCGCCAGGGUUGGACAGGAAUCAUUCAGUGCCCGUCUUCGAAGUCUACAAGACGAGACAUCUGCCAAUAUCUAUGUCUCCAAUUUACCUCCUACCAUGAAUGAGCCUCAACUCGAAGAAAUGUUCAAGCCUUACCAUACGGUCUCCAACAGAAUUCUAAGAGACCCUCAAACAGGUCUUAGUCGAGGUGUUGGCUUUGCAAGAAUGACUGAUCGUUCUGCUGCGAUAUCCGUUAUCGAGACAUUCAACGGACAUACCUUGCCUGGGAGCAAUGUCCCUCUGCAGGUUCGAUUUGCUGACUCCUUGGCACAAAAGCGCCUCAAGGGCCAGACAGCUCGCAAGCGUGUGUGGAGAGCCCGAGAUUUCCAACCUAUGGCAGGCUUUACUGCUAGACCUAUGCAAAUGCCUAUGACUCCUGAAACAAUGCUCGGCUUUGCGUCCAAUAAUCCAGCCAACGCACCCCCAGGAGGCAAUCCUGCGUACCUGUCUCAAGCAAACAGCCUUACUAUGGCGACAAUGACAAUUUAGAAGCUACACCUAAAGUCGAGGACGAACUGUCCACCGCUGUUGAAAACAAGCUGAAGAUCGGCCAAGAAGAGGAUGAAGGAUCUAAAGCUGAAUAACUUGGUCAGCAUGGCUGAUACAUAAUUCUACUUUAAUAGUUGGCUUUUUGUUUCUCUGUUCAAUUUCGCUUGUAGUAGGGAUAUUUUCAUUCGUUGAUUGUUCU